AUGGCUGCGGCACGCGACAAGAAGCAGAAUGGUAAGUUCUCUGCGCCACAUGAGAGUGCUGUGCGGGCAGAGAGACCACUUUUGCUCCACGCCAACGAGACGUCGCACCGUCAUGAGACACGUCCCAAUGACGACGACGACAAUGCGGCCGUUCCGCCUCAACUCGGAGAGGCUGUGCGCUAUGAAGAGCAGCAGCAGAAGCCCCCGUCGGUUCACGGAGUCCCCAAGAGCGCUCUGUUCUCUCGACUCGAAGCGUUCCUGCCCGUGAUGGCUGCAGAGAACAAGAAACUGAGCGAGAAGGUCGCAGCAGGCGAAGGUGCCAAGCACAACAUUGAAGUGGAAGAAGCCGACGAGAGGAGCGACGGCGACGCGGACGAUGUCGUGGCAAGCGACGACGAAGCGAAGAAGGAGAGCAAAGCGCCAGUGAUUGAAAUGAACUUUGCACUCGGUAUGAUGGACGACAACGGCAGCGACGGCGACGACACAGCCGCUGUCGACUCAGAAGCACUGACUGCGGCUGCAAUUCGAACGGGCCGCGCGACUGACAUGACGUCGGACUCAACAGCACCGGAAGCAAAGACGUCGUCGUUCCGGAUGCGGCACGAGAAGCCGAGCGCGAAGCCGCGUCCCGUGAUCCAGGAGCUCACCUGA